CGUAGCUGGGGACGCGCUCAGCUAACGGCUAACAUAGCUAGCUUUAUACAAAGAGGGAAGUCUGAAUUCCCAACACACUGGAAAACAGAGUAAUCUACACCGGUGCAAAAAGGAAACGGAUCUGAUCUGAUCUGAUCUAAUCAUACACGGCAAAGGAACCUAGAUCCCAGACAAACAUGUUCAGUGUGUUGUAGUCAUUAAAAUCACUACAACAGCAUCCAAGGCACAGUGCUUGAAAAUGGAAACGGAGGCAGGGGUAAUUCCUAUUUGGCAAAAUAAACCACAUGGAUCAACUCGUAGUGUGGUGAGGCGCAUCGGCUCUACGCUGCCUCUUAAACCCUGCACCAGGGCAUGUUUCCAGGAGCUCCCAGGCCUCCCCCCAAUGCGCUCCAUGGAUGGGCCACUGGUGCCCACACUGGCAGAUAUCGCCUGGAUUGCAGAUGAUGAGGAGGAGACGUACGCCAGAGUUAGGAGUGACACACGCCCCCUGAGGCAUGAGUGGAGGCCAACACCCCUGCUGGUUAUGCAUAGGAACUCAUCUGUGCCCAACUUCAGACGAGAGGGCAGGCGGGUCGAGGCUCUGAGAAAACCAGGCGUAACAGCUAUGAACCGAACCACAGCUUUACAGGAUGAGCUGAGUCGACUUCGAGCCCAGAUUGCAAAGAUAGUCGCUUCAGAUUCAGAUUCGAAUCCCAUCACACCUGACCUGCUGUCCCCUGACGACACUAGCGUGGGCUUCUCCAUGGCUCCCUUCGAGACAGCGGCUUACCAACCUGUCCCCGCAGCCUCUUUUGUCAUCAGUGAUGUCACGGAGGAGGAGGAGGAGGAGGAAGAAGAAGAGGAGGAAGAUGAGGAGGUAUCAGAGCUGGUGCCUGAUCCCAUGCCACCAGUCUCCAUGACAGCAUCUGCAACUUUUGACUUUGAUCGUCCUACUAUGGACUUCCGGGAGCCAGAGGAAGACACUCUGUCUCUAUCAAAGUCAACAAGCUUUGCUGAUGUCAUGGACAUCCUGAAAGACAUGAACCGCAUGAAGAUGAGCAAGGACAGAUAUAACCGUGGGUGCACCUCACUGAGAGAGGAAGACUCUGCCUCUCUUAUAUCGGAAGCAUUGAGGAAAAAAUUUAUUCUGAAAGAUGAUGACAUCGGCAUGGGGAAAUAAUCUAGCAGCCUCUUCAUGCCUGUGCCUGUGGACUGUUGCCAUGGAAACCCCUUACUGCCUCCAAAUAAACCUUGAAGAUCUCUUAGAGCUCCCACAAUGCCGCUUUGUGACAUGGCUGGAAGGAAGAGAAGCAGCUCUCCUUGGCUCUUUUCAACAGACAUACACACACUCCAGCUGGCACUGAACGGCCAGUUGGGCCAUGUGCAUGCUUUUAUAAUGUCUGAGUGUGAGUGUGUUUGCAUAUAUAAGGGUCCAUAAGGAUAGUCCUUUAAGGGGUCAUUCACACUGAACAUGUUUUUGUGGUUGUAUGUAUUUCUUUAAUUUUUUAGCUUUUUCUAUGUAAACAUGCUAGAUAAACAUCUUUUACUGUUAUGCCAUGUCUUGGCAUCUCGGGCAGGAGUGUCGAAUUUUUAAGACGGUGUCAAGUAAAAAACGUUGACUUGUAGAAACAUGCCUCGAGACACCUGCUGUUCUGUUCCAUUAAUUGCGCUGCAUCUAGCAAGAACACGUUUAGUCUGAAGGCCCCUCACUCCACAGAUCAGCAAUCUUCGUUGCUCCAUCAUAGAUUUUGUGAAAUCCAAACACUAAUGGGAGAUCCCAUCCUUUUCACUGUUACUCCUUUGAACAAGCGUGCCGUAGAAAUUUCACAAAAUUAUUCAAACCAUAAAACCACAGAAGAUUCAUGGAGGAGCCCAGGUUGUUGUUUUGUAGAUCUGUGUCUCUCUUGCCUUACACUUUCCCUCAUACAACCCUGUAAAACUUGAAGCUGUUUUUGAUGAGUGAGCUGAUGUUACAAAACUUGUAUGCGGUUACAUUUGCCUCCGUUUAGAGACUAAACAAGCAAAAGACAUUCUUCUAUUUAAAGGGUUUUUGUGUGUGUGUGUGCAUGUGCACUGAGGACUCUGGAUUGCAUUCUAUUGUAAUUAGUGUUCAGUAAUGUUACUUUUCCCCUAAAGACUUUUCCAGUGCCACAGGACUGAUGUAGUUCAGAAAAUGGUGUACAAUACGUUUGAAUUUAUAAUGUGUGUGGUGGAAUUUAUCUUGUGGAAAUACAGGAAAAAUAACUAUUUUUUGGGAUUUUGCUAGUGAACAUAAAAAUGAUAAAUGUCUCUGUAAAGUCUGAAUAGCAUGUGUGAUGUUGUGCUGGGUGUGAAUAUAGCCAGUUUUGAGGACAUUUUAUAAGAUGAUAAUGAAGGAUGCAUUUUUUCAUUUUGCAAAGUGUAACAGAAAGCUGUUUAAAUGCAUACACUGCUUGCAUGCCAUGAUCACUCACUAAAGUGGGAAUCAAACAGAAAAUAUGCUUGUCAUUUGUUUCACAUACUUAUCACAGCCUUUGUCCAUGUGGCGGGCACAUGUGCAGUUUUAUUAUAAAAAUGUUUGGCCUUUAUAUUCAUUGCAGUGUCAAACUCUUAUUCUCCAGACUAUAUAAUUCUUUAGCAGUGGUCCUCCUUUCUUGUAGUUACCUUACCUAAUUUACAGCGACAUCUAGCUUAAAUUCAUUUCCUGAAACUCAGUAGCUCAAUAGUUAACAGUACAAAGACAAAUGUCUUUACGUCAGAGUUAUAGUCAUAGAAGAAUACAAUAAAACUUUAUUAAUGUGAUCUUCAAAGAUAAAGGGUGUUUAGAUCUGUAAUGUGAAGUGUAUGCACUGAACAUACUAAUCUGUUCCUUUACAUGUCAGUAACAGGUCAAAUGUGUGUGCUGCUUUUUCUUUCUGAUUGUUGGGUGUCAUCUAUACUUUUAACUAUAGUAAGCAUUUAAGGCUUGUUUUGGAUAAGAUCAAUCUAGCAUUUCCAUGGUUUCUUUAGGAAGACACAUUCUUGUGUAUUGAGUGUUUACUUUUUUUGUGAAAUAAGUGAAUUAUAAAUCUGCCUGUUGUUUGUGCAUAAGAUGGAAAAUAAAUAG